ACGAUUCUGAUAAUUAAGAGCACACACCCGGGAAGUCCAUGUCCCCAAUCACCACAGCGAAAGUGGUUUAGCACUUUGAUGAAGUUCUUGGCCUUUUCCGCCUUUUGAUUACGCGCAUAUUCAAAGUGCUUCUUUUUUUAGAUCAUAUUUUCGGUUUAGGAUGAGACAGAACAAUGGGCGCACUUUUGCAUGCAAACCCCUCAGCUCAGUCUAAGCCUCGGCACGCCUGCAAAACAAGCCUCUCGUAGGAACUGAGGAUGUAUCUAUGGCGCGUCUCCAUCGCUGUAACACUUGGCUUGGUUUGGUAUUUUUCAGACUGUGGCCGCGUUAUUGCGCAGUACUUUUUAUGCUUUCUUUUCUGUUUUACUACUCCUCUGGUUUGGGGGAACGCUGGACGAGAGAGCAGCACCCAGACUGACGAGCACAGCCAGGAGAGAAGUCUUCUGGAAACUAUUGGGGAGCAGCUCUUUGGUGACUUGUCAGAUGGAGCAUGUGGCAGUAAACCAGAGCCACUGGAGUCCCAGUACCCACAAGUGAAAGGCUCUCUGCAGCAAGUGUUUGAAUGUGCCUACGCUCAGCUGGUUCUGCCAUGGUACAUUGUCCCAGAGCCGUGUGAAGACCAGCCUCUGCACCAGGUGCUAAGUAGGGAGUUUGACUUUGUCAUCGAUCGCAUCAUUGACCGAGCCAAAGACUUUGAUGUGUCCCAGGCAGUUGUGGGUUCAAUCCGCAUUCUGACCCAGCACUUGCACAACGCUAAGCAGAGUGACAGAGAGCUCUUGUUCAGCUCCAGAGCAGAGGAGGUUGCAGUCCUACGAGAGUUUUCUGAUGCACUUGUUCGUAACCUUUUUCCCAAGAGCCUCUGGGGCCAUGAAGUCAACCAUUGUGCCUUAAAUGAGAUUGUUGCUUUAAAGGGGUUGGGUCUACUGGUGUCAUGGCUCUCUGACCCAGACAACCUAAACCAUCUGGUGGUUAGCCAGUUGGACAGUGCGUCCCCCAAAGGUUCCGUGUAUGAACCGCAUGGAUUGGACCCAGACCAAACCUCUCUGAUGUCUCAGGACUAUGAGGCCGAUGUGGAGCACGAGGGAGAGGGCAGUGAAGUGAGCCUGGAAGGAAUAGGACUUGAGUCCUGUAAUGGCAUCAAAGGCAAAAAGAGAGACAAAUUAAGAAAAGGAUGGAACAGAUUUGUGGACAAGAUGAAGUUAAAAAGGGUCAAAAAGAAGAGGAUGAAGCAAAUGGAGCAUGAGCUGGUGAGGAGGAUCAUGGCGAUUCAGGGCGACGUGUCCAAUGAAGAAGAUGUGAGCAGCCGAGAGGGCUCUGUCCACAGCCAGCAGGACUCCGACAGGGAGGACAGUGAUCUGGAAAACUACCUGACAAGUGUCCGAGAAGAUAUGAUGGAAUUCAAGCUGUCGUAUGAGAUGUGGCGCGCUGGCCAGUGGGCUGUCAGCAUCCCUCAGGCUGAUGUUGAGAAUGAGGAGAUCAUCUUCACAGUUCAUUUGGAGGAAAAGGGCAGCCCUGAGAAUCUGCAGUGGGACAUCCGAAAGUCUUACCAUGACGUCAUACACUUCUACAACAGAUGGCAGGACUCAAGCAGUCUACCCACCAUCUUAAUUCUAGAGGAAAACCAAGAAAUGGAUGAAGUUAAGGAAGAAACCCGACUAUCAGUGGAGCACUUUCUGCAAGAAGUGGUUUCUGAUGAAAUAAUUGGCCACUCUCAACCAGUGUUCCAGUUUCUGUGUCCACUUGAUAAAUUGCUUAAUGAGGAGGUACAUUAUGGAGGAGUGUGGGGUCUUCUCAGUGGCUUGGCAUACUUCCUGACACCUGGGCAAGAAGAAGAGGAGAUGGGUAGCCAACAAAAUGAAUUCCCCAAAGAGGUCACAAUGUCACAAUCCAAAUCAAAGUCUCCUCCAGACAGUCCGAGCAUUUCAUCUGAAAGCGAUAGCUCGAGCCCUGCCAUACCUACUAUUAUUAUCUCCCCUUGUGACACUCCUGAAGAGCCACCUAAAGAGAAUGAAGCAGAAAAUGAGUCGCCGUCUGCCACCACCUCUGCCCAAGACAGAACAGAGGACUCUGAUAAUCCUAUUACCUCUCACUUUAAAAUGCUGUUUAAAGGAUUGAGCCGCUCCAAGUCACAGGAGUCGCUAUCCCAAAAGAAAAUCUUUGAUGACGAGGAGCAGUGCAGUCAGAAUGGAGAGGCUGAGACUGCAGAGGAGACUUCCACUCAGCAUUCAGUCUUUACACGAUCAAAUAAAAAGGAGAAAAUAAGUUUCAAAGUGUCUAAUGGGCCAAGCAAGACUAAAACAAAAGACCAGGGAACCUUACCAAGAGGAGAAGAUUCCCCCGGUCAGAAAGGUCAAGCCAACUGGGAACAGCAGGAGACCACCAAAGUCAUUUUUGAUCUGCUCAAAGAGAUCUCUGGAAACUCCAUCCUAUUAAACAUAUUUGAUGCUAUCCUGAAACCCGUCAUGCCAAUUUUGAAAAAAAAAAUAAACUCCUUCUUGAACAAAAUGAACCCGACCGAAGCACAGAUGGCGGUAUAUAUCGACACGCUUCGUGCCAAACUGUGGCCAUCCAGUCCUGCAGCUCCAAGUGCUCCUCGCACAGAAGAAGAGAAAAACGAGACCCGAGAGCGAGCGCACAGCCUCAUCAAUGCUAAAUAUUCAAAUGUUCUUGUGCUAAAGAAGACCGAUAUGGAGACAGUGUUUAAUAUUUUUCAGGACAGCGAAGCCAAUAAAACAUUGGUUUAUAUGCUCCUGUCUUUCCUAUUGCGGGAGUUUUUACCAAAUGAACACUGCCUUAAUGUGAGUACUGCUGCUCUCCAAAAAGUGACCAAUAACUGACCUAUGGAUUACUGAUUUUAAAUUAUGUAUAAUAGGUUUUAAAUGCAUUUUUUAUAAUUCUAGUGUUGUUUUUUUGUUUUUACCUCAAAUCCAAAAAUCAUGCUGUGAAUGUCUUUACUUUUUUACUGCACAUAUUUUUUUUUAUAAAAACUUAUAUUUUGUCACUAUGAACAUGCUUAAUCUGUGAAAAAGUGGAUACUAUCACGUGCCAUGAUUUCUAAACUCAGGGUAGUUCAACCGGAUUUAUGUCUCAUUGAAGAACAUCUUUUCACAUCAAUUUGCUAAAAUAAUUUGGUCACUAGUGCACUUUCUUGUUACUGUUUAUUUUGAUUUACAUUUUAUCAAGUACCAAAUCACUUGAUCAUCACUUCAUAGAAGAGACUGAAUCAUCAGAAGACACAUGAAUGUUAUAUUAUGUUGCAAUGUAAAUUUAUACAUUCCAAAUAAAUGUUAAGUAAAAACACAGGGUAAA